AUCUUCCACACAGAUCCCCCAAAGACACAUGUGACCCAUCAUCCUGGACCUAAUGGUGAUGUCACCCUGAGGUGCUGGGCCCUGGGCUUCUACCCUGCUGACAUCACCCUGACCUGGCAGAGGGAGGAGGAGGAACAGACUCAGGACAUGGAGCUGGUGGAGACCAGACCUUCUGGAGAUGGAACCUUCCAGAAGUGGGCAUCUCUGGUGGUGCCUUCUGGGGAGGAGCACAAAUACACAUGCCAUGUAUACCAUGAGGGGCUGCCUGAGCCCCUCACUCUGAGAUGGGAGCCUCCUCAGUUCCCCAUCAUGGCAGUCAUUGCUGUUCUGGUUCUCCUUGGAGCUGUGACCAUUGGAGCUGUGGUGGCUGUUGUGAGGAAGAGGAGGAGAAACACAGGUGGAAAAGGAGGCAACUAUGCUCCAGCUUCAGACACGGACAGUGACAAGAGCUCUGAUGUGUCUCUCCAAAACUGUAAAGCGUGAAGACAGCUGCCUGGUGUGGAUGGAGUGACAGACGAUGUGUUCAGGUCUCUCCUGUGACAUCCAGAGCCCCUCAGUUCACUCUCAGCAAUAGUGUCUGAUGUUCCCUGUGAUCCCAUGGGCUCAAUGUGAAGAACUGGGAGCCCAGCCCACUCGUGCACACCUGACCUUGUCCCUGCACUGCCCUGUUUCCUUCCACAGCAAACCUUCCUGUUCCUGCAGACAGGAGGGGACAUCUCCAUCCUGUCUCCUCCAUGCUGCCCUGAGCUUCAGCCCUGACUUCCCCACUGAAAAUGAGAAUCUGAAUGUGAACUUGAUUGAUUAUAUCUUUGAUCUGACAGGUUGUUUGGCAGCUAAAUUAAAGCAUUGAGCUAGAGGUUAUGGAGGAAAUAAAUGGCAACAUGGAGAACC